CGGAGUCGAUUUGAGCCGAGUGAGGCCGAAGAGGAGCCGAGCGGGGCCGAAGCGGAGCCCAGCGGGGCCGAGCGGGCGCGAUGGCGGCGACGCCGCCGCCCAAGCCCUGGGAGUCGCGGCGGCUGCCGGGCACCGCCACCGCCUUCCAGUCGGCUGACCUGGGUGACAGCGUGCUGACCCGGCCCGGGCAGCCCGCGGUGGCGCGGAUCCCCCCGCCCGUCCUGCCCAGGCCCUCCCAGCAGACGAGCAGCAGCCUGAGCGCCUUCAGGCCGGCCUACAGCAGCUCCUUCUCGCCGGGCUAUGGCUCCUACGGCUCCUCCUUCUACGGCAGCUACAGCCCCUACAGCUACGGCUACGGGGGGCUGGGCUACAACCGCUUCUGCGCCGAGGCCGUGCCCCCCAGCCGGUUCGUGCAGCAGGCCGAGGAGAGCAGCCGCGGCGCCUUCCAGUCCAUCGAGAGCAUCGUGCACGCCUUCGCCUCCGUCAGCAUGAUGAUGGACGCCACCUUCUCCGCCGUCUACAACAGCUUCAGGGCCGUGCUGGAUGUGGCCAACCACUUCUCCCGCCUCAAGAUCCACUUCACCAAGGUGUUCUCGGCCUUUGCCCUCGUGAGAACUGUCAGGUACCUCUACCAGCGCCUGCGGCGCCUGCUGGGGCUGCGGCAGAGCUGCGACAACGAGGAUCUGUGGGCUGAGAGCGAGGGCAAAGUGGCUCGCGCCGGCCUCGAAGACAAGGCGGCUAACUCUGCGAAAUCCUGGCCCAUUUUCCUGUUCUUUGCUGUCAUACUGGGAGGCCCCUACCUGAUUUGGAAGCUGCUUUCUACAUACAGUGAGGAGGAAACAGUGUCUAGUAACUGGGCGAGUGGAGAAGAUGACCAUGUAGUUGGAAGAGCAGAAUAUGAUUUCAAUGCUCUCUCAGAAGAAGAAAUUUCUUUCCGUGCUGGUGACAUGCUAAGAUUAGCACCCAAAGAACAACAGCCCAAGAUCCGUGGUUGGCUCCUGGCCAGUUACGACGGCCAAACAACAGGACUUGUGCCAGCUAAUUACAUCAAAAUCCUGGGCAAAAGAAGAGGGAGGAGAGCAGUGGACCUGGAGAGGAGUGCAGAGCAGAGGCCAGCCUUUCCCAGCACAGCUGCCAGAGGAGCCCCUGCUGCUGCUGCUGCUGUGACUUUGGAGGAGCAGGAGGCAGCUUUUGAGACUGUUUUCGCUGGAAGCAGCAAAGCUCCUGCGGCAUCGGACUCCGCUGUGGCUGCAGGAGAGAAGCAGGAGCUCUGAGGCACUUUGGUCAACAAAGCCACUGAACUGUGCUUUAUUGACACCUCUUAGGGCUUGUUGAAAUCUGGUUUGUAGUGGAGCACUGGUGGGGCUGUACCAGUUUUUGCUGCUACUGGCUGGUGAAGGGAUGGAGAAAUGAUUGCUCAAAUUUGUGGUAUUUAUUUUUGACUCACCUAAGGCUGUGCGUCAGUGAUUCUAUCCACCCACCUGGCAGCCACUCUGAGAUCUUGAGAUAGGAGAAGUGAGGCAUUCAUAAAAUAGCAAACAAAGGAAAAAAAGAAAAUAGGGACUGCCAUCCUUGCUUAGGAGACAAAGCAACACCCAGUCUUCAUAGGAGUAUCAAGCUUCUUCAACAGAUGUGCAAAGGGAAGAUUGAUUUCUGUGAGUUGUCCUCCAAAACAUCACCCUCAGAACCAUAAAGGAGUAACAGCACUUUGUCUCCCCCUGAAGGGAGGGAGAGCUGCAGGAGAUGCACACAGUGGAAUAGUUAAAAGGUUUAAGUUGCUUUUAUAAGAAGUGGGGCUCUGUCAUCAAGAACUCAGCUCUCAGGAAGAAAGGGACUGGGGAGGAAGGGAGGAGAAAUAGAGUUCACAAAGGGAGAGCUGUGAGGCAUCACCAGUAGCUCCAAGCAGUUCUGGUUGGUUUAUUGAAAGGACAUUGGAAUUAAGGAUAUUCUGCAGUCAGACACCCAUUAGUUGUUACUCCCUGAGCUAACUUUGCAUCACUCUCAGCCAUUUUGUGAUGUAGCCUGCUAGCUGCCUAUCUAUCAGCUCCAUCUCUAUCUCAGCUUAUUUCUGUCCUUUAUUGAUUUUAUAUCAGUGUCAAAAUAUCUCUCCUGUGUUUUUGGGCCUUGAGUUAGGGGAAGCUGAAAGUAAUUGGAACAUCAAAGAAAAAUUAGCAUUUCUUGCUUAAUUGUGUCACUUAGAGAAGGUCUUGGAGUUGGACAAACUUUUCAUGCUGCCUUUCAGGUGGUAAAUUUUGCAUCUGCCCAAUAAAAUUUUAGGGCUCCAGUUUAUCAAAAGCCAUAAAAAUAUUAAGACUGUUCAAAGUAUUUUCUUCAUAUGGGUGUUUGAGAAUUCUGUCUUGAAAUACUGUUUUGGUUUUUUGUUAAAUGAAGCAAAGACAAUUAAAACUUUUUUUUUUCCUUGUAGUAUGUAUGUAUAACAUGUUGAACUUCUGAAGGUUACAUCAGUGGAUUAAAUAACUAAGUUUGACUUAAUCAUUAAAAUAAUUGUUUUAUUUUAAGGUUUAUUGAAAAUAUAAGUAGGCAAUUUCUUAAUUGAUUGAGUAGUUUCAGUUUGACCAUUCCUACAGGGAUCUUCGACACCCAUUAUGUGUUAACAAAGCUUUCAGUAUUUAUAUUUUAAUGGCAUUUGCUGGCCUUGGCUUCUUAGAAGUCUGUUCAACACAACAAAACUCUAAAAAAAGGAGCAGAAUUUUAUUGAGCUAGAGUGGCUGAAAAGACAAAUAUUAUGCUGGAACCUUGAUUUGAAAGUAAUCUCGGAAUGCCUGUUGUUAAUAAAUAGAACAUGAAUUUCAGUGGUUGUGCUCAGGUAUUGGGAGAUGGUGAUUAGAAUAAUUUAUAGUAAAUUGUUAGAUUUUCAAAUGCAGAUGUAAAGGAAAAAGUAGUUAAAGGGCAAGUGAAAAACUUGAGGUUUAAAACAGAAUAUGUUCCUGAGACAUUGCCCUGUGUACCAGAAAAUUACCUGUAUUUGAAAAUUAUAUCUGUUGUUGAAAUGAAAAUAGCGGAAAAAAUCUGAAAUUUAAAAUACAGAGAAGCAAAGGGGGGACGGGUGUAUCAUGUGUGCAAUUCUGUGUGCAGAGUGUGUCCCUGGAGGGAAUUCAUUUACUGUUCUGAGAUGUAAUUAAUGGACUGUCAGCCUCUCCUGUCAGUGAAAGAUUUCAGAGGAAGGGUCUCUGAAUGAAUUAAUUAAUAAACCCCAAAUUUUUUAAGAGCAUCCAUUCAGGUAGAUUUUUUGACUUUCUGUCUGUUUUAGUUUUUUGAGGUUUUUUUCUCUGUUUUCUGGCUCAGAACAAGUUGAGAGGACAACACCAUGAUGCUUGUUGGAAUGUUUUAAGUCUUAUUUUUUAGAAGGAUAAGUUUAAUUUCACUUCCAGGUCAUACUGUUUUGACAACAAUUCUUUUAGCAGGAAGAUAGUUUAUCCUUACUUGAGUUGUCUUUAUAUUUGUUUGACUCAGCCUACAAGUCACUGUCAUCAUUGUAUCUCCUAAAUCUCAACAAGAAUUUUGAUCCUUUCAAUCUUGCAAUUACUUUAAUUGGAAAAGUAGGCUCUGAGGAAUGGAAGUGAGUUAUUUAACUCCCAAUUAAUUGUAUUGAUUGCAGAAGGGUAUUAAAGUUCAUUGAAGUGAAAUGACAGCACAA